UGCCGCAGUAUCAAAUGAAUUUCAACUCGCGGCGCACGUGUUUUGUCCUUUGGCGCGGAUGUGACUUCGAAUCCUUAUCGCAGAGUGUGGACUUGGUCGCGAAAGGAUAUCGCGUAGUUGCCGCACUCGAUUGCGGUGUGGCGGCUUCCCAACUUUCCCAACAUUCCCAACUGCCGCAUGUUUUUUCAACUUGUGCGUGACGACACUAAGAUCGAUCGGCUGCAAUUUCGCUCAGUGUAUAAUAUUCGCGAAGCAAAAGUGAAGUUUCGAAUUGGAGGCCGCUUUAUGCGGCCAGUGAAAGAUAUUGUCCCCUUGCAUCAACCACCAACAAAAUACUGACAUUCUUCAGUUUAUGAAGAUAUUCGUCGUGCUGCUGACAUCCAAAAAUGCACUUCAAAAACGAUUGAGGAACCAAGCCACUAGCAGUAAUGUAAACAAAAAUACCCAAAGUUGUGCGGCUAACUAACACUCAUCCAACCGCCUUUGAGGUGUGAACCAAUAUAAGUAAGUAAAAUCCGGCUCGCAGGACCAUGGCUACGGAGGGGAAGUGCUUCGGUUGCAUCGCAACGCCAAUCCUCGUAAUAAUGAUAAGCAUUUCGAGAGCCUGGACAAUGCAACAACACUUGAGUCCUGCCAUCCAAGAGCAUCCUGCUGCCAAAUCCUUGUCUCAUAUCGUGGAUGGCAGUAACAACCUGUUGCCCAUGGUUUCUGCCCCAUCGAGCAUUGACAACGAUUACGUGUACAUAGCCUCGGUGAAUAGGAAGUUUCCCCAGUUCGGAAACGCCCUGGAUGAUGACCGAGAGGCCGAGGAGCAGCAGCCGGAGGAGACCACCUAUCCACCACCCGUCUUCGACUUCGGAAUGCCCAGGAAUAUUACCACCCGGUCGGGACACACGGCGGCCAUCAAUUGCCGCGUUGACAAUCUGGGAGAUAAAUCGGUAUCCUGGAUAAGAAAACGCGAUUUGCACAUUCUGACUGCAGGCAUUCUGACCUACACAUCUGAUGAGCGUUUCAAGGUGGUGCGGACCGCCGACUCCAAGGAUUGGACAUUGCAUGUGAAAUAUGCCCAGCCACGUGACAGCGGCAUCUACGAAUGCCAAGUGAAUACGGAGCCAAAGAUUUCGAUGGCAUUUCGCCUGAAUGUCAUAGUAACGCCGCCAGAUGCCAAGGCGAUUAUUGCCGGACCGACGGACCUGUAUGUCAAGGUGGGCAGCAGCGUAACGCUCACUUGCCACGUGAAGCAGCCGGCGACGUCGGCGCAGGAUAUUGGGCCCAUUUACUGGUACCGCGGCCCCUACAUCCUCACCCCCUUUGUGGCGCAUCCGAACGACGCGGCCAUCGACUUGCAACGCAUCUCCAUGGAGUCCACGCUGGCCGAGAAGCUGCAGAGCAGAUUACGCAUUGCCAAUGCCCAGCUGCUGGACACCGGAAACUAUACGUGCAUGCCGACCACAGCGGAAGCGGCCAGCGUGGUGGUCAAUGUCAUCAAUGACGAAAGCCCCGCGGCGAUGCAAAAGAGCAGCGCGAUCCGGACCAGUGGCAGCAUGCGGAGCAGUCGGAUGGUCCUCCUCCUGGCCAUGGUGGCCAGUUCCGUUGUGCGAUGGCUUACUGGUGGCUGCCACAUCGGGAGCAGCAGCUGCCGCGAUUCCAGCUCGAAUUUAUCCACUCUGCAUAUCAAUUAUUGCAACCUGCGUGCGAAAAUCACCAGCCACUUGGAGCAGCAUCGAUGUUUGGGCCCCGGAUCGCUGGUGGAAUCAUGAUAAUUAAGUGGCGGCCACUUGGACAGCAAAAACAAACAUCUUGUAUAUAAAACUGAAUUCAUAGUUAAGCAUGACUCAUUUGUGUAAAUCUGAAAAAGGGGGAUGGGAAAACCGCUGUACUAGCGCUGAAAUAAUUAGUUUAUGUUACUGCUUCAACAUCCUAAAGUUUAUUUCUUAAAUGAUUGAGAAACUUUGCAACUGUCUGCAUUUAGUGGUUUCCCAUCUGGCAUACAGUAAACUAAACUAAACUAUACUUAAUGCUAAUUUUUAUGCCUAGCGUAAAUAUUUAUGUAACGAUAAAAAUAAAAAAUGGUGCCCAUUAAACUAUCGAAUGUAAUAUGAAAUGAAAUUGCAAACGCGAUAACAGACACAAAGCUGCAUUGCAUUGUUACUUUUAGAAUGCAAAUAUUAUUAUUCGUGUUAUUUUCCGUUUCUGUUAUUGCAAUUAGCUAAUUAUAUUCGUCACUGUGAAAACACUUGAAAACCAAUUGAAUCCAACUCUCAUUAAGGCGACAGGCGUUAGAAAAUAAAAACUGUUUGAAAUUGCAUUAUCAGCAUAUACAUAAAAGGGCCACAAUUAAAUUCACUUCGAUUUGGUUAUAGAUUUUCACAUAUUCACAUACUCAGUGUGCAGGACGAGCGAUUUGUAAACGUAUAUAUCGAAUUUCUCAAUGAGAAGCAAUGAAAUGUAUUUUGUUGAAAUAAAAACUUGAUUUUAACCACAUUUACCCCGUA